AUGGGAAGUAAGGGAUUGAAGGAGUUCCAAGCAGAAAUUGCAGUUCUGAGUAAAGUGAGGCACAGGCAUUUGGUGGCUUUGUUAGGGCAUUGUAUUACCAAAAGCGAAAGGUUUUUGGUGUACGAGUAUAUGCCUCAAGGGACAUUAACACAACAUCUGUUCUCUUGGCGUGAAAAUGGCACUGCUCCAUUAACUUGGAAACAAAGGUUAGCAAUAGCCUUGGAUGUAGCACGAGGAGUGGAAUAUAUGCACCGUCUAGCUCCGCAAAGCUUCAUUCACAGGGACUUAAAACCCUCAAACAUAUUAUUGGGUGCUGACAUGAGAGCCAAGGUUGCGGAUUUUGGUUUGGUUAAAACUAUUGCGCCUGGUGGAAAGGAUUCUGUCUGGACUCGAGUGGCUGGAACAUUUGGAUAUCUGGAACCUGAAUAUGCAGCUACUGGAAGAGUGACGACCAAAGUGGAUGUAUACGCAUUCGGUAUAGUUUUGAUGGAACUGAUUACCGGUAGAAAGGCAUUUGAUAAUACUCUGCCAGAACAAAUGUCUCACUUGGUUUCAUGGUUCCGCAGUAGGAUAGUACAUAACAUGGAGAACAUCACAGAGGCAAUUGAUGAAACUCUCAAUCUUGACGAUGAAAGCAUGGAGAGCAUAUGUAAAGUGGCUGAGCUGGCAGGCCAUUGCACUGCUCCUGAACCAAAGAAAAGGCCCGAAAUGGGGCAUGCAGUGAAUGUAUUGGUUCCUCUGGUAGAGCAAUGGAACGCUACCUGCAGCCAUGCAGAAGAAGAAGAAGGUUUUUGUGAUAUGAUCUAUGAAGGAACUAACGACAUGUCCAUGUCGGAAAUUCUGUCGGGCCGUUGA